AUGGCGACCGCGGCACGGCCGCGACGCCGGAAGUCCAGCGCCCGUGUCCUCCCCGCGAACGUUUCCUAUGUGGGAGGCGAGUCAUCACCGACAAAGCCGAAGGCUCCCGAAGUUGCGUCACCUGGUGAGGAUAGCGUCAUCCUGAGCAUGAAGCCAGGUCCCGUGGUGGGAACCUACACCAUCACUGACAUCAAAGCAAAGUUCCUGGCACUGGACAGGAAUGGUGAUGGAAUCUUGAGUCGUGAGGAGAUGGGUGUGCUUCUCAGGAAAGGGCGCGAAGACAUCACAGACGAGGAGCUGGGAGUGCUCUGGGACGAUAUGAACCACGACGGCGAUGAGGGCAUCGACUUCGAUGAGUUUGUCGACUAUCUCUUCGGCCUGUACACUUCGGAUGGGGCGAAGCUAGACUGGCGAGGUGCUUCAGAGGUGUUUUUCACCGUCGCUGGAGCCAGCAACAGGGACUACAUCACCUACCACGAAUACCUGGCACUAUGCCGCCAGCUGGAUCUCUUGGACGACACUGGCUUUGGCAUUACCGAGGCGAUGGCUCUGUUCAAAGACUGCAAGGAGUCGAAGCGAGGGCUGACCUUCGAGCGCUUCAAGCUCUUGGUCAAGAAGGUCUCCAAGAAGAAAAACGUUCCAUUGCGAACUGUGGUCAACUGGAUCGCCUCCUUCACACCUGGGCGUGCAAACGAAGACGUUGUGGACACCUGGACGGCCUGCCACAAGCAAUAG